CUGCUUUAGUCUGUCGUCUGACGUUCAGAGAAGCAUACAUUGUGCAGGCGUGAAUAUACGUUUUUUCUCUCAACUCGACAAUAAAACUUUCAAAGUCAAUUAUAUCUGCACCGAUAACAACAUAACACACGAACUAUUAACUACAUCUAAUUCCAGUUAAUCAGAAUUCUGUGACACAGGAGCCAUUAUUGGCAUCCUUGCUUGUUGUGGGAAUUAAAACUAAAUUGAAGCAAAUUGAUUCUCAGAAUGCAAAUCAUGUGUUCUUGGCGGAAAAUGUUUUCGCUUCUAUUAAUUGUCCUUACCGUGGGAAGGACGCAGACAAUUGAAUUAACUGGCCAAGCUAUCAAAGAUGCCAUUGCCGAAUACGAUUUACUGGCCAUGAUUAAUGAAAAUUUAAAUGGCAUUGAAUUUGAUUAUGCCGAGGAUGGUUUUCCAGCUUACAAAAUUUUGCAAAUUGCUGAUAUAAAAUCACCCUAUCGUAUGAUCCUACCCGAAAAACUAAACGCUUUUGCCAUACAGACGACAUUUCAGACAACAUCACCUAAGGGUGGUUAUCUAUUCAGUGUCGUGGAUCCUCUAGAUACAGUUGUGCAAUUUGGUGUGCACUUUUCUCCGGUCAUCAAAGAUUCAUGGAACGUAUCACUACUGUACACAGAUUCAAAUAUCAGUCCGAUUAGCAAACGUUUGGUCACCUAUCAGUUGCCAUAUGAACCAAAGAAAUGGAUAAAAUUGGCAUUUAAAGUUAUGAGCGACAAGGUGGUAUUCUAUUACAAUUGCGAAGAGAGGGAGACGACAUCGAUUGUAAGAGAUCCAUUGGAAUUGGUAUUUGCCUCAUCAUCCACUUUGUAUUUGGCUCAAGCUGGGCCGAAAUUGGGUGGCAACAUGGAGGGAUUUUUACAAAAACUCAAUGUUUAUGGUAACCCAGAAGCUUUAUCCAUAACUUGUAUACCUCAGCCCAAGGAAACGGACUUUUUAUCACAAGAUUAUAAUGAUGUUGAUUUUAGUAACUUAGCUUCGAGAAAACCAAAUCGGGGUUUUAAGUUUCCCAGUUUAGAAGAAGCAUCCGGUGAUUAUUCAGAUUAUUUUAGUUGGGACAAAGCGACAAGCAUAUACGAUGGCAGUGGUAUGCCGCCACAGCAAACGCAAUAUCAACAUGAAAGACCUUAUCGUACUAUAAAAGGUGAAAAAGGUGAUCGUGGACCCAAGGGACCACCUGGUGAUAGCAUACGUGGUCCCCCGGGACCACCAGGUCCUGCUGGUCCUAAGGGUGAACCAGGAUCAUUUCCGCCUUUUAUCGAUUUUGCGAGUAAUCCGGAAGCGAAAUACACUGGCAAAUGUACAUGUAAUGCGUCUGAUAUCCUAGAAGCUAUCAAAGAAAACGAUUUGCUGCGCGAAACUAUACGAGGGCCACCAGGACUACCGGGUAAAGAGGGUAAAACUGGAGCUCCUGGACGAACGGUUACAAUAACCGAAAAGGGUGCUACUGGGGUGCCAGGUGAACGCGGUGCCCCCGGUCCCAAAGGUGACCGCGGCGAUAGGGGCGAUCCUGGUCCUCGUGGUCCCGAAGGUCUACAGGGUCAGAAGGGUGAACCAGGUGUCGACGGUAUGCCUGGUGUUGUGGGUCCUCCUGGACCGCCAGGACCACCUGGUUUGCCGGAGAAUUAUGAUGAAUCGUUAAUGGGCAACUCAAUGGGAUCAUUACGCAGCAGUUCACCUGGACCCAAGGGCGAACCAGGCAUUAAAGGUGAAAUUGGUCGACCAGGUGAAAGAGGUCAACCGGGGCAGAAAGGUGAACGUGGAGACCCAGGAAUGAGUGGUGAAAAAGGCGAUAGGGGUCAUACCGGACCACAUGGUCCUGCUGGAGCUAAAGGCGAACCAGGACAGCCGGGUAUACCCGGCAUUAGCGGCUCUCCCGGAGCUCCUGGCUUGAAAGGCGAUCGUGGUCUACCCGGCGAGAUUGGCCCACUGGGGCCACCCGGACCACCAGGACAAAUUGUUUAUGCGGAUACACCAUAUGGAUUACAAAAUACGACACAGUGUACUUGCCCGGCUGGUCCGCCUGGUCCAAUGGGUCCACGAGGUCCUGCUGGCUAUGAUGGUGCACCCGGUUUGAACGGUGAGCCUGGUCCAGCUGGAUCAAUCGGUUUGACCGGCCUGCCUGGCAGUAAGGGCGACAAAGGCGAAAAAGGUUUGCGUGGCUUGACUGGACCGAAAGGUGAUCGAGGACCAGAAGGUCCGCCUGGACAGGCCUUUUUCGCUGGUGGUUUCGAAGGCAUGGCAAUGAAUGGCACCAAGGGUGAAAAGGGUGAUAAAGGUAUGCGUGGUCGUCGCGGCAAACCGGGAACAGCUGGACCAAUCGGACCUCCGGGCAAACCAGGUAUUAUGGGCGAAAUGGGACAUGCGGGACGACCCGGAGUACCCGGACCGAAAGGUGAUUUGGGGCCGAAAGGAGCCAAAGGCGAACCAGGCGGACGAGAAGGUCCUAAAGGAGAAAAAGGAGAUCGUGGUACCGAUGGUCGUGAUGGCAAGCCUGGUCCACCAGGUUUACCCGCAGCAUCUGGAGAAGGUGUACAAUAUGUUCCUAUGCCAGGACCACCUGGUCCUCCCGGCCCUCCUGGACCACCCGGCCUGCCGGGACUUUCAAUAUCUGGACCAAAAGGUGAACCCGGCGUCGAUUCUAGAAGUGGCUAUUAUGGUGAUGCUUCAUAUUAUGGUCGACCAGGACCACCAGGCCCACCCGGACCACCUGGCUCGUCAGCCGGUAGCAGUUCCAGCCGCCAUCACGAUCGUGAAGAGGAUGAGGAAACACCUUAUUUUUCUGCAUCUUCUUGGAAUAUGCGUAUCGUUCCUGGAGCUGUUACCUUUCCCAACAUUGAUGAAAUGACAAAGAGAUCUGCCAUGAAUCCACCGGGCACUUUGGCUUACAUUACCGAAGAGGAAGCUUUGUUGGUCCGAGUCAAUAAAGGCUGGCAGUAUAUAGCGCUUGGCACAUUGGUACCCAUUGCAACGCCACCCCCACCGACCACUAUGGCACCUCCGGUGCGUGUGGAUAUACAAUCUUCCAAUUUAUUAAAUAAUUUACCACCUCUACUCAAUACACCAACGUUUACUACGGCUCCAGAAUAUGAAACGUGGUAUCCACGAAUGUUAAGAAUUGCUGCCUUGAAUGAGCCAUACAUUGGUGAUCUACAAGGUAUACGAGGAGCUGAUUUUGCCUGUUAUCGUCAAGGUAGAAGGGCAGGUCUUUUGGGCACAUUUAAGGCUUUCCUAUCCUCGAGGGUUCAAAAUCUAGAUUCAAUUGUACGUGUCGCAGACCGUGAUCUGCCGGUGGUGAAUACAAGAGGUGAUGUCCUCUUUAAUUCGUGGAAGGGCAUAUUUAAUGGCCAGGGAGGUUUCUUUUCGCAAGCGCCACGUAUCUACAGUUUUAGCGGCAAAAACGUUCUGACAGAUCCCUUAUGGCCACAAAAACAUGUCUGGCAUGGCGCUUUACCCAAUGGCGAACGUUCGAUUGACACAUAUUGUGAUGCCUGGCAUAGUGGAGCAAGAGACAAAAUUGGCUAUGCCAGCAAUUUGUUGGGAAACAAAUUAUUGGAUCAGGAGCGACUAACGUGCGAUAGCAAAUUAAUAGUACUUUGUGUAGAAGCACUUUCGCAGGAUCGACGGAAAAAACGAGAUUUGAGUGACAGCGAUCAAGAAUUUUACACGGCUGAGGAGUACGAAGAACAUCUAAGAAGUGUACUGACUUGAAAUUAAACUUCUCAAAUCGUCUUGUCAUAAUAUAACUUCCACAGUCACAACAAGAAUCAUCAACAUUCAACCAGACUUUCAAACAUCACCGCAAAUUUGUCAACAUUUAUUGAAUCCAGCUAGAGAGAAACUAAUCAGUAAUUAAAAAAAAACAGUUUUUACAGACUUCCGUAAAAUGAAAUGAAUUCAGUUUUGCCAUACAUUUAUCAAUUAUACUUUAAGUUCAAUUUAUUUUGUAAGUCUUUGUUUGACCAUAUCAGACCUCUAUGUCCUGUUUUAGCUGAUCAUAAUUAAAACCAAAAUACAUGCACGUUUCAUUUGUACCCCCUCGUAAUUAAGUUGCAUAGUUUUUACAAAUUUAUAUAAUACUUAUAAAAAUACACAAGAAAUGCAAAAAAAAAAAAAACAAUAAUUAUAAAUAAAAAUAAUUAUAUAAUACUUAUAAAAAUACACAAGAAAUGCAAAAAAAAUAACAAUAAUUAUAAAUAAAAAUAAAAAUGUGAGAAAAUGAAGUAAAUGUAAGCAAACAGAUAUUUUUUAACACAAAUAACAAAAACAGAAUAAUACAUCUGAAAUAAGUAAGAAUAUAUAAAAAAAAGAAUCACAUUUUUGUAUAUAUUGUAAUAUUAUAACAAAUGAAAUGGUCACGGCCACACACUAAACUUAUAUCGAACAACCAACAAUUUUCCACUAUAUGUUGAACGUUAAUAUGUAAUUAAAAGAACAGGAGUAAAUAAAUAAACAAUAAAAAAUUAUGAUAUUUUCAAAUUGGCAAACACAUAUACACGA